AUGUCCAGGUUAAGUUUACCUUCUUUCACUAGUUGGGUUUUGCUUUUGUCAUGUCUAAUUGUUGCUCUUUUGAUUUCACCUGUAAAUUCUGCCAUUAUACCCUCGGAAGUUAUUUCAAAAGAAGAUGAAGAGGCUAUUACGGAUCUUCUCCAUCUCACGAUUCAUGAAUCAAGAAAUGGGAAUGACCAUACGGUAGAAAGUUCCACCCCUCUAGGAACAAUUGUUAUUGCACUAUUUGGUAAAAUCGUCCCCAAUACGGUAGAAAACUUCAAAGGUUUGUCUGAAACGUACUCCAAAACUGAAACAUUAUUUCAUCGGGUAAUUCCAGGAUUUGUCAUUCAAGCAGGUGAUUUUGACAAUAAUGGAGGGCAUUCCUUCUUUGGUUAUAGGGGUGCAUCUCCACCGGCAGAUACCGACCAUCCGGAAGCUUUUGGCCCAUUUUAUAGUGGUUUGGAGGAUGAGAAUUUCCAAAUCUCUCAUAAUAAAGUUGGUAGAGUAAGUGUUGCCAACGCUGGUCCAAACACUGGCGGUAGUCAAUUUUUCAUUUGUUUAGAGCCAGUACCCUUUUUAGAUGGCAAACAUGUUGUGUUUGGUCAAGUCAUUGAGGGAAUGGAUAUUGCCCAAAAAAUUGCUAAUGUCGAGAGGGACAGCAAUGAUAAACCAAAAAACGAUGUUUUUAUUUAUUCUACAAAAGUCGAACCUUAUAAAUCUGCUCAGAAGGAUGAGAAAACUGCCGAAGAAGGGAAGGUUGGAAUCAUCGAUAAAGCUGAUACGCCUUCUGAUACAGAUAGUGGAUAUGCAAAGGAACAUCCAACAGGUUUAGGUGGAUCUAAGAGACAUUUAGUUCUAAUCCCAUUCGCAGCUUUUGUGAUACUGGCGUGCUACCUGGGCCUUAAGAACCGUCGUAGUAUCAAUUCCUUGAUUAGAGGGCCUAGAUAUAGACGAGUUGCAGCAAAUAGCUCAGAAUAA